CUUGACGACAGCUGAGUCGCGGUGUGUUUUGCGCUGUGCGCUGCGCGGGUGGCGGUUCGCCUCAAGUUAUAAAGAAAGUUGCAAAUACUGCAAGGUUUUCGGGCUGCAUUGUAGACAAGAAAGAUUUGAAAGCUACGCGAGAAAGGCAAGAUGGCAUCAGUUAUGGCAUCCAGGUUCUCAGUAUUAAAAAUUGAGGAUGAUUCUGAUCAAGAGCGGGAGAAAGCAGCAAGGAAAAAGGCUUCUGAUGAAGAAAAGGGUAAGAAAAAGCUCACCAAGAAAAAGAAGAAGAAGACAGAGCCAGCCCUUGAUGCUGAGCUGCAAUCAAUGGCAUUUGGUUUGCCAAAGCCAAAGCAGCAGUCCAAGCAGAAGAAGCCAGCAGUAGAUUCACCAAAGAAGGCAGCAGAGGCUGACUGGCAGGAAUGGGAGAAAAGGGACCAAGUGCUGGUCGACGACACGUUCGAGAAGGACCUGCAGCAGGCGAUGAUGAUGUCCAAGGUGGACUUCGAGCGGGCGAACCUGCUGGCCGCCAACGGCGACGGGCCCGAGGCGCCCAAACAGAAGGCGAAGAAGGUCAAGCCAAACAUCCUCAGCGUAGACCAGCUGCAGACUCUCUCGACGUCGCAGAUUGACCAGCGCGACUAUCGGCACUUGAUGGCGCCGGCGCCCGGCCGGCCGCCGGCGCCCGGCCCGGCCGGCGCCGCCGGCGGCGACGGCGGCGACUUCUUCGACCAGGUGGAGCGCAAGACGCGCGAUGCGCUGCACCGCGAGAGGGCGCUGGAGAGCAUCCGGCAAGACCUGCUGCAGCUGCGGCUGGCCGCCAAGGAGUCCGAGGUGGAGGAGCUGGCGCUGGAGCUGGAGCGCACGCGCGACGAGCUGAAGCUGGCCAAGGCGCGCACCAAGCGCGUGCUGGGCGUGCUGACGCAGUCGGAGACCAAGGAGAAAGUUCAGCUGAUCGUGGGCCUGGAGAAGGCCCAGGCGGCGUGCGAGGCGGCGGAGCGGGAGCGGGCCGACAUGUCGGCCCAGGUUACCGGCCUCUUGGCCCAGCUGGAGCAGGAGCGCAGCCGCGUGCACCAGCUCACCACCCAGCUGCGGCGGGUCCAGGGCAACAAGCGGAGGGGGCAGAGCGAAAACGAAACGGCAGAAUCCGCCGAGUGA